AUGCCACCGAAUCCUACAAGUAGCUCAGAUGCAGCGUACAAGUCGUACGGCGUCACAGUUUCUGAGCUCCAGGAAAUGAUGCAACUACGUGGUCUUGAAGCCAUAGAGUACAUAAAAUCGCGAUAUGAUGGUGUGAAUGGACUAUGCAAACGAUUAAAAACAUCUCCCAACAGCGGUGUACAUAGUGCUGAAGUAGCAGAACGAAUUAAAGUUUUUGGAUCAAAUGUGAUUCCUCCCAAGCCCCCGAAAACCUUCCUGCAACUUAUGUGGGAAGCGUUGCAGGAUGUUACUCUCAUAGUCCUGAUGGCUGCCGCAGUGGUUUCUCUUGCGCUAUCCCUUUACAGCAAGUACAGCGGAGGCAGCGUGGGAGGGGACGAGACGGAGGGAGACGCCGGCUGGAUCGAGGGUGUAGCGAUCCUGGGCGCAGUGCUUGUUGUGGUCCUUGUCACCGCUGUCAACGACUGGCAGAAGGAGCGUCAGUUUCGAGGACUGCAGGACAAAAUCGAGUCGGACCAUCGCAUCUCCAUCAUGCGUGAUGGCGAGUUCUUCGAGUGCCUCGUGGGAGAGAUCGUUGUUGGCGAUAUCUGUCUCAUCAAGUAUGGUGACUUACUACCUGCUGACGGUGUGAUAAUACAAAGUAACGACCUGAAGGUGGACGAGAGUUCUCUAACUGGUGAAGCUGACCAUGUGAAAAAGGGUGAACAAAUAGACCCCAUGCUCUUGUCAGGUACGCACGUGAUGGAGGGCUCUGGCAAGUUUCUAGUGACGGCGGUGGGGGUCCACUCACAGGCGGGUAUCAUAUUUACCCUUCUGGGCGCUACCGAGGGCUUUGGCGGUAUGGAUACUGUACCCGGCGGGGGACUUCCGAUGCCGCCUUCCACUGAGACCAUUACCCAUGCCUCGGUGGCCGCUACUGCGGCGGUGGCACCAGUCGAAAAAGCCUCCGCUCAGACUCCUUUGUUGAUGCAGAACAAUAAACAACGCAUGGCUGACGGCAUUGGACACCGGGGCACAGGCCCACAUCCUGCCACCGUGGAGAUGGGUCGUUUGAACAAUCUGGUGGACCACAUGGGCACCGGUGACGAUCGAAAUCUCGAGCCUCUUCUGCCGAGGAAUGGCAAGGGUGGCGACAACGGUGGUGUCGCAAAGGAAAAGGAGGCGCCUAAGAGGAAGAAACGUCCCAAGAAGAAGUCCUCUGUGCUCCAGGCGAAGCUCAAUCACCUUGCCGGGGUCAUUGGACAAAUCGGUACGGUGAUCGCUGUAUUGACGGUGGUCAUUCUUUUUGUCAAAUUCGCCGUGAACACGUACUACAUUGAGGGCGAGUCGUGGAACACAAGUGUGCAUCUGAAGCAGUUCAUCCACUUUAUUAUCAUCGGCGUCACCGUGUUGGUGGUAGCUGUACCCGAAGGUCUGCCUCUCGCUGUUACCAUCUCUCUCGCCUACUCUGUAAAGAAGAUGAUGAAGGACAACAAUUUGGUUCGCCAUUUGGACGCCUGUGAGACGAUGGGCAAUGCGACGGCCAUCUGCUCGGACAAAACAGGGACCCUGACUACCAAUCGCAUGACCGUGGUGCAAUGCUACCUAGGUGGCUGUCACUCCAAAGAUCCGAACAACCUGCCCAAACUGAGCCACCUCAACCCCAAGUUGGCUCACCUCGUCAUCCACGGCAUUGCCAUCAACAGCGGAUACACCUCUCGUGUUCUGGAUCUGUUGCAGCGUGGCUACACGAGUAUCUUUAGCUGUCGCGGUGCUGCUGUCCUUAUUACACCGCCGAAGAGACCCACUGAUCUACCAACGCAGUUGGGCAACAAGACGGAGUGUGCUCUGCUGGGCUUCGUGCACACGUUGGGUGCCUCCUACGAGGACAUUCGGCAACAGUGGCCAGAGGACUCCCUCCUGAAGGUCUUCACCUUCAACUCUGAGCGCAAGUCCAUGAGUACGAUCAUCCGCAGCCUCGAUCAGAAAAAGCGCGGUCUCACCGUCUUUACCAAGGGUGCAUCCGAGAUGGUGCUCAAAAAUUCGCACUUCUGCCUCACGCAACUGCACUCUGUUGCUGCUGUUGUUACUCCUGGUGGUGACUGCACCGCCGUUAACUUUAGCCGAUAUGUCACGGCCUGGCGAAAAAGUCCAGACAGAUGUUCCUUCAUACUCGGCGCUGGUGGGGAGCCCUUGCCAUUUCCACAGUCAGCGCAGGAGGAAAUCGUGAGGACGGUUAUUGAGCCUAUGGCCUCUGACGGCCUACGCACCAUCGCGAUCGCCUACAAAAACUACGUUGGCAACGGUGUGACUCCAGAGAGCAACGAGUUCGUGCUACCGAAUGGGAGGCGAGCAAAUCUGGAGGACGAAGCUAGCCUAAUCUGUGACUUGACGUGCUUGGGAAUCGUGGGCAUUGAAGAUCCGGUGCGACCGGAGGUGCCCGCGGCCAUCCGCAAGUGCCAGCGUGCUGGCAUCACUGUGCGUAUGGUGACGGGCGACAAUAUUAAUACGGCACGCUCCAUCGCGCUGAAGUGCGGCAUCAUUUCAGAGGGAGACAACUGCACUAUUCUAGAGGGAAAGACCUUCAAUCAGCGCGUACGUGACCCCCGCACGGGGAAGGUCAAGCAGGAGCUCAUCGACCAGAUCUGGCCCACGCUGCGUGUGCUCGCGCGCUCCUCGCCUCAGGACAAGUACACUCUCGUCUCGGGCAUCAUCGACAGUCAUGUGACGCGUUCCCGUGAGGUCGUUGCGGUCACUGGAGACGGCACCAACGAUGGACCCGCCCUGAAGAAGGCUGAUGUUGGCUUUGCCAUGGGCAUUGCUGGCACCGAUGUGGCUAAGGAGGCCUCCGAUAUCAUCCUCACUGACGACAACUUCACCAGUAUUGUCAAGGCCGUAAUGUGGGGUCGCAAUGUCUACGACUCAAUAGCCAAGUUUCUCCAAUUCCAACUCACUGUCAAUGUGGUUGCUGUGAUUGUCGCCUUCGUUGGUGCCUGCUUCAUUACGGACAGUCCCUUAAAGGCGGUGCAGAUGCUGUGGGUGAAUUUGAUUAUGGACACUCUGGCUUCGUUGGCCCUCGCCACGGAGAUUCCCUCAGAAGAGUUGCUUGAGCGGGCUCCCUACGGCCGCACCAAACCCAUCAUCGGCCGCGCCAUGAUCAAAGCUAUCUCGGGACAGGCCAUCUACCAGCUCACCGUCAUCUUCUAUCUUAUCUUCUCAGGCAUGCUCAUCCCUUCAUUUCUUGACCAAUUUAUCAGCACCUCGCGCUCUACCCUUGAAUUUUGGAUUCUCUUAGACGUGGACAGCGGACGGGGCUUGUCAGCACAGGGGCAGAACCGACCAACUGAGCACUUCACCGUCAUCUUCAACACCUUUGUCCUGAUGACACUGUUCAAUGAACUCAAUGCCAGAAAAAUCCAUGGUCAACGCAACGUCUUCGAGGGGCUCCAUCGAAACCUCCUAUUUGUCGGUAUCUGGGCCACCACCUUUGUCCUACAAGUGAUCAUUGUCCAGUUUGGCGGCUACGCCUUCUCCACUCAUCCAUUGAAUGUGGAACAGUGGCUUUGGUGCAUCUUCUUUGGCCUUGGUUCUCUUAUCUGGGGACAGUUAGUGAUUUCGGUGCCGGUGUGGGUAGUUCCAAAGCAUCUAAUUCCACGACGCAAACGAAAGCCUGUUCCACGCAAGUCAGUGCUCUACCAGGAGUUGGCAUUGGCUCCGGAAGGUGGUGUCGCCUCCACCGGCGAUCAGAUGGCCGCCGCGGCCGGUGCAGGAGCGGCAGUAAGCGUGCCUGUCGCUCGUCCUGUGGUCUCCGAUGUGGAGGAGGAGCUUUCCGAGUCCGAGGUCGAAUCAGAAAGCGAGGAGUCUGGCGCUGAGGACACUGGCAGUGGUGACCUAAAGAGUACCGGCCAGAUCCUCUGGAUUCGUGGACUUUCAAGACUUCAGACACAGGCCACACGUGAUCACGAGUUGGAUCACCGUAGUGAUGAGUUCAUGGGUCGUGUGCGCCGUUUUACACUGAGUCAAAUCAACACCGAGGCCAUGCAGCAUCCCCUUGUACUGGCCGCUCGAAGACAGAGCAUUAAUCUCUCCUCCACGGGAGUUGGGGAAGACAGCCGUCUCUCCUCGCAGUACCGCCUCGGUGGUAUCGGGAGUCUGGAGGAGGAGCCUGAAGAAUCGUUAAAGGCAGUGCACGCCUUCAGAAACAGUUUGGAUAAUUCGACUGAACGCCAACACAUUGCCAUGGCGCUACACCAGCAGCGUCAGGCCAAGUGUCGCGAAGUCCGAGCAGCAUCCAUGGCCCAACAUCUACAGCAGCAGCAAUUAAAUCAGCAAAAACAGCCGCACAACUCAUCCAACGACACCCAGAUGGCAGAUAACAUUCGCGAAUUCUAUCGCACGCCCACUAUGCUGGCUGAAGACGAGCCCUUAUAUUCACACGGACAACCCCAGCAGGAGCAUCAGCUACGGGAGGAGGAGCAUGAGGAGGGGUUUGAGCAGGGGAGAGGUGGUUGGAGAGGCACAUUGAUGGAAGAGCAGAGCUCAACGAGUUACGAUGUGAACAGUCUGGUUGAGGAGCCGGAUGCUCAAGAUUCGCGGGCUCAGGAGGCGAGAGAGGAGGUGUUCAGGGAGGGGGAUAAGUUCAGCCAGCAAAUACCACUGUGGCUACCCUCGGAGGAGGACCGUCGCACCCCAACACUUCCGUGGACCUCCUCGCUGGAUGCGGAGACGCUGAUGGAAGUAGGCACCACGCCGACUCCAGGAAGUGGACGGAGAAAAUCGACUAAAAAGACGCCUGCUCCACCUCCUCCAGUGACUCGGAGUCAGGCUCGUCAGAAAUCCUCUUCCUCGGGCUCUUCCACAUCCUCGCUGACAUAG